AUGCCUCUUUCUUUUUUGUUCACUGUCCACCAAAUAGAACACGCCGUCAGCUGGCCAGAACAACUUGGCCGGACCGUCUCUCAACGUAUCAGCCGCUUCUUGCUGCCCGCCUAUUUCAACUCCACCUUCUCUGUCACAUACUCUUUGUCUCUCCCACAUACAAUGUAUAUGCCUUGCUGGCCCCAAAAAUCUACACUUCUCCAUAUCUAUCUAUCUAUCUAUCUAUCUAUCUAUCUAUCUAUCUAUAUAUCUAACCCAUUUCAUUAUUUAAUUCAUCUAUCUAUCUAUCUAUCUAUCUAUCUAUCUAUCUAUCUAUCUCAGUCUGUUUUGGAUAAUCUAUUCAUCUAUCUAUCUAUUUAUCUCCAUCUAUCUCUAUCUAUUAUCUAUCUAUCUAUCUCAGUCUGUUCACAAUCAAUCUAUCCAUCUAUCUAUCUAUCUAUCUAUCUAUCUAUCUAUCUAUCUCAAGUCUGUUCAAUCAAUCUAUCUAUCUAUUCAUCUAUCUAUCUAUCUAUCUAUCUAUCUAUCUCAGUCUGUUCACAAUUUGUCUAUCUAUCUAUCUAUCUAUCUAUCUAUCUAUCUAUCUAUCUAUCUAUCUAUCUAUCUAUCUAUCUAUCUUCAUUAAUUAAUCUAUCUAUCUAUCUAUCUAUCUAUCUAUCUAUCUAUCUAUCUCAAAAAAUUUCACAAUCUAUCUAUCUAUCUAUCUAUCUAUCUAUCUAUCUAUCUAUCUAUCAUCUAUCUAUCUAUCUAGUCUCUUUGUUCAUAAUUCUAUCUAUCUAUCUAUCUAUUGAUCUAUCUAUCUAUCUAUCUAUCUAUCUAUUAAAUGUUCUAUCCCUGAAAACGAAGACCAGCAAUUGCUAG